AUGUUCAGUGAAGGUUUGUUGAAUGAGUACCAGGAAGGUGAGUGUGGGAAGUCAAAUAGAAAAAUUGAGGGGCACCCUGGCCCACCUAUUCUGCAGACUGGGGACCGGCAGAAGUUGGAGGGGAAUUCCCUGCACUGAAGAGCUGAGUCUGGUCCCUCCCUUUGCCGGACAUCCCCAGGGUGGGGCAUGGUUGGUCCCUGGCAGGUUCAGGCAGGCAGAGGGCCCCAUAGCUGUGUGCGAGCUGAGGUUCCUUCCCUCUUCCUGCCUCGUCUACAUACCCUCCACCCUGUCACACAGCUGAUGAAGUGCUUGCAGAGGAUCAUGAUGGCAGAGGAGGCCUCGGGCUGCCAGGUGCCUCACCGGCCCUGGGUGUCCAUCUGGUGGAUGGCUUUGUUGCUGCUUCCCCUUGGCAUGGUGAUAGGCUGCCUCGUCUGCAGUGUUCGCUUCGCCCGAAAGCAGCAGCUGGAUUCAACUGGGUGGGACUUAGCGGAGCUGCAGCUGAAUCACACAGGAUCGCGGCAGGACCCCAGGCUGCGCUGGCAGGGAAGCCCAGCCCUGGGCCGCUCCUUCGUGCAUGGGCCAGAGCUGGACAACGGGCAGCUGCGUAUCCAACGUGAUGGCAUUUAUAGGCUGCACAUCCAGGUGACCUUAGCCAACUGCUCCUUCUCCACAUGGACCGCCAAGCCCCAUAGCGCCACCCUGACCGUGGCCAUCUGCUUCCCCACAGCCCACAGCAUCAGCCUGCUACGCCUCAACUUUCACCACAGCUGCUCCGUCGCCUCCCAGCGCCUAACGUUCUUAGCGCACGGGGACAUUCUCUGCACCAACCUUACUCAGCCUCUGCUGCCCUCCAGAAACGCUGAUGAGACUUUUUUUGGGAUUCAGUGGGUGUGCCCUUGA